AUGGCGGCGAACACUCGUUUGCAGAACAUUGCUCUGGGGAUCUUGAUUCUCUUCACGGCUCUUGGCGGAAUCGCAGUGAUUCUUCGACUCUGGAGUCGGAAGAUCAAAAGAUCUGCGCCGAGCGCUGACAUCAAGGCCAAUUUUGUCGGUUGGCACUAUAAAGACAUCCCACCGACGGAGUAUGAUCCCAAGACAGCGAUGAUUUGGAACUAUGUCGUCCAGCUCGUUUACAAUCCCGCGUUGACAUUUAUCAAACUAUCGAUCUUGCUGUUUUUGCGUCGACUCGACAGCCAUUCUCGAGUCGUUAGCAUUCUCUUCUGGUUCGCUACGACCGUCGUCGUCGGUCUUUUCGUCGCCGUCCUCUUCGUCGAUAUUUUCCAGUGCCAGCCGGUUGCCUACGUCUAUGAUAGCUCGAUCGAGGGCAAAUGUAUUGCUCAGGGUGUCUUUUACGUAUCGACGGCCGCGUUGAACUUGUUCACCGAUGUUAUCGUGAUGGCCAUUCCGAUCAUCAUCACCUGGAAACUUCAGAUGCCAGUCCGACAAAAGUUGGCUGUGUGCUUGAUUCUGUGUCUCGGUGGAAUCGCGACAGCAAUUGGAGUCUGGCGUCUCGUCAUACUCACCCAAGGCUUCAUUCUCCAUAUGCCCAACCCUGAUCCCACAUACAACAUCAGCUUCGUCUCCUCCGCCAUCGAGUGCAAUACCGCUGUUCUCACCGCAUGUGCGCCCUCAAUGAAGGCCAUUGCCCGCAGAUACGUCCCUCGUCUCCUGGGUACUUCCCGUCGCGAUACGUCUGGUUACGGUGCCGGAACCAGUGGUUCGCGCAGCCGCUUCCCGGGCUCCAACCUGUUUUCCGGAAACAAGUCCCAGCUGCGCUCCCACGCAGACGACGAAUAUGAAAUGGCUGAUCCAAACAACGGAGUCUCGGUCAGUGGUGGCAAAAGGAACAGCAGUGCCUUUGACAUGCGCAAGUACCGUCGAAAUGGAGAUAGCGUUAGUCUGAGCAGUGGGAGUCUGGAGGGGGCCACGGGGAUUGUCAAGACUAUGGAUGUUUCAGUCCAGUACACUGGUGGCGAAGGUCCAAGGGAUGACGGGCGGUCCAGAGACAACAAGCAUUCGAGUGUUGAUAGUCUUGUUUAG